AUGAGAUGUUAUGGUCUUAUUUCUGGACUCAAGAUAAACGUCCAAAAAUCUUUGUUGUUUGGGAUUGGUAUUACUCACCCAGAGGUGGAUCUCGUUGUCAACCGUAUGGGCAUAAAUCAGGGUACGUUCCUACUCACUUAUUUGGGUUUUCCUCUUGGUGUAAAUAUGAAUAUAUGCAGAUAUUGGCAACCAGUUAUUGAUAAAUUUCAGAAGCGCCUCACAAAAUGGAAAUCAAAAUGCUUAUCCAUUGGUGGCAGGCUCACUUUAGUUCAAUCAGUUUUAUCCAGGCUUCCAUUAUACUUUUUUUCCUUGUUCAAAGCACCUGAGAAAAUUAUUGAGCAAUUGGAGCGGUUGAGAAGACGCUUUUUUUGGGCUGGUAAAAGUGAUGGAAGCUGCAUCAGUUGGGUUGCCUGGGCUGAUAUUUUGACUCCUAAAUCUUUGGGUGGCCUCGGUUUGGGAUCUCUAAAAGUUAAUGGUAAACCAGGAGGUUUAUGGAAAUCAAUCACAAAAGUCAAAGAUGUGCUUUCCAAAAGAGGCAUGGAGUUACAAUCAAUCCUAAGUGCAAACGAAUUUGUAGUGGCGGACGUGAGGCUAAAGUUUGACACAAGUACGGUUCUUAAUCCACAUCAUAAUUUCCUUUGGAAUAAUUGGGUUCCUAAAAAGGUGAAUGUUAGAAACUGGAGAGCAAGCCGUGAUAGGCUGCCUACUCUCACUCAACUCUAUAAGAGGGGUAUUACACCUUGUUCGUUGUUAUGUUCCUGGUGUAAUUCAAACAAAGAAACUAUUGACCAUAUUCUCACAGCUUGUCCACUUGCUUUGGAGGUCUGGGAACAAAUUAGCUCUUGGUGUAAAGUUCAGAUAUUUGCUUUUCAUGUGAGUGACCUUCAGAAUAUACACUUCUCAUUUGCUGGUGAUAAAAAUUGGAGGAAAAUGAUUAAUGCUAUCAUUCUUGCAACUAUUUGGAGCCUUUGGAAAGCAAGAAAUGAUGCAUUUUAUAGGAAGUUUAAUGCGUCGCCCAAAAUGAUCUUUGAAGAGGUCCGGUCCUUGGCACUCUUAUGGAUCGUGAAUAAAGCUAAUCAGUUGAAGAUUGAUUGGGAUAGUUGGUGUAAUAAGCCGAGUGUUACUUAA